AUGGACUCGAUAGAAUCUGUCCUUUCUCAGUGCCUAGUGGGGUUCUCCAGGUUGAUCAACGACGGGUCGAUUGGCCACUUCCAGGAAGAGGUAUCGCUCCGUCAAUGGGAGGAUGAGUUGGGCCGACUGCGCGUCUGGUCCGGAAACAUCGGCGCUCAUAAGUCCGGCCAGUCGUCGCUCGAUUACCGCCUGCGCGACGCUUCACAUAUCCGCGAUGAGGUGAUCAGACUAUUAAGGUGCAUGCGGGACUUAUUCCAGGACCUCGAAGAGGUUCUUGACGAAGGCGAAGUAGAGGAGAGACUUUCUUCUCCUGACGGUGACCUAGACCUGGAUGAAAGCCACGACCUCACUGAAGUCCAGCAGAUAUAUCAAUCCUUGGUCGAGAUCAUCAAUUUCUUGUUUCGGCUGUCCAUAGCCAUACGGAAGCCCGCUCAUCAUGACCAACUUGUCGGAAUGAGAGUCGGGGAGGCUGCGUUCUUCAAGCCCUGGGCCAGGCAGCAUAUCACUCAUAAGUUCCCUCAUGCGGAAGAUGAGGUGAUCAGCAGAUUGUGCACCGCGAUGGCAAGUCAAAAGGCAGUCCUGAAGUACCGCGAACGACAUCGCCAGAAACUCGGCAUGGGUCUGCUUCCAUCGACUGAAGUAUCGUCGACGAUCCUCUCUGACACGGUGGCGACUGAACCGGCCGACAUCACUAUUGAUCCUCUGCAGUCUCUCGAAUCUUUGUCAAAUUCGGGAGCGUCACAGACUUCCUACGCACUGAGUCUGGUGGCCAGCCAAGAGAGCCUAUCAAUCCCGCCCCUUCCAAAAUCAUGUGCAGCAGGGCAGCCAUUCGAGUGUCCAUACUGCCGUCAUAUUAUCUCUAUCUGGAAACACAAAGACUGGGCCCGACAUAUAUUUCGCGAUUUGAAGCCCUAUAUCUGCCUGUUUACGGAUUGUUCCACUCCUUCAAGGCUCUACAACAGUCGUCGACAAUGGUACCAUCACUUGGUUGAAGAACACUCCCUCCAAGGCGAUGUCGCCACAAGCUCUAUAUGCCCAUUAUGUCGGUGUGAGAUCCUUUCAGCAAAGAGCUUUGAGCGGCAUGUGGGCAGACACUUGGAGGAAUUGGCUUUAUUUGUUUUACCUCGAAACCAUGAUGAAGAUGAGGAUAUCCCCGAAAACUCCUGUCACGCCGCUUCGGUUGCAGUCGCGGUGGACAAUCAUACUGUGGUGGAAGACCUUAGUGCCGAUGAUACCGAUUCCCAGUCGGAAGACGACGAAAUAUUAUCCUACCCUAUUGAUCUGGAAGACCUGCCAAUGGGCUCACCAGUCAAAACCCCGGUGGAAGGGAUACCAGGCCAGGAGCCACCAGCGUUCCAACGGUCAUCUGAGUUACUACCGGCGACUGAAGGCCUUCUCGGGUUGUCAAGACAGUCUUCUGCCCCCGCUGCAGAUUCAGCCCAGUACCAACCCUCCAAAUCCGAAUCUGCUAGGAUUAAGGGUGACACCAAAGUACACCCCGAUGUCCCAGAGGUAACCGUCCCAUCUGCAAGCGAACUUCAGUGCAGUAUAUGUGGCAAGGUAUUCACUCGUCGUUCAAACUGCCAUGAACAUAUGAAAAGGCAUGAUCCUAGUCGCAAGAAUCUGCACCGCUGCGACUAUUGUGGGAAGACUUUUGGAAGGAAUGGUGAUCUUCGAAGACAUAAAGAUGCGGUCUGUUCCUAG